AUGAAGCGCAAGACCGGAGGAAGAGAAUCGCUGGACUCCAAAGACCAGCCAGAUUCCAAAAGACGGGCAUUGACGAGCGAAGAAGUCGCCGCGCGCUUCCGUGACGGCCUCUUUGACCCCUCGGAGCAGCAGAAGUAUACCGAGCAAUACGCCCAGUCCGCACCGUACAAACAUGCGGUCAUCCAUCCUCUGAUCGAAGACUCCUUGCUGCGCGCCGUCCGCGACGAAAUCCGGGAACAUUUGGACUUCACCGAGAAAGAGACGGAUAUCUACAAGAUCUUCCAGUCGGGAGAUCUGGCCAACUUGGACGGAUUGGACGAUACCUCUCUGUCGCGUCUACCCUCGCUACUGAAACUCCGCGAUGCGAUAUACUCCGCCCGCUUUCGCGAGUACCUGUCCUCCGUGACUGGCUCGGGGAAGCUGAGUGGUCGCAAGACCGAUAUGGCUAUCAACAUCUACAACGAGGGGUGUCAUCUUUUGUGUCACGACGAUGUAAUUGGAAGCAGACGCAUCAGCUACAUCCUGUAUAUGACCGAUCCCGACACCCCCUGGCAGGCGGAAUGGGGUGGUGCACUGCGCCUGUACCCCACAACCACGAAGAAGGAUGCAGAGGGUGAGGACGUCAAGAUUCCCAGUCCUGACUUCAGCCUUAGCAUCCCGCCUGCCUUUAACCAGCUGAGCUUCUUUACCGUUCAGCCUGGUGAGAGUUUCCAUGACGUCGAGGAGGUGUACCAUUUCAAAGAAGGCGAUGACACCUCGAAGAAGCGGGUGCGCAUGGCCAUUAGCGGAUGGUUCCACAUCCCGCAGAAGGGAGAGGAUGGCUACGAAGAGGGCCUAGAGGAGAAGCUGGCAGAGCGGAGCAGUCUUGCCCAGCUUCAGGGUCGCGGUGAUAUCUACGACCUCCCGCAGCCUAAGACCGUCGAGUACGAGAACGAGCCAGAGAAGGAGACCGAGGGCAAGGGUAAAGGCAAAGUGGAGGAGCAACCGAAUGACACCGAAUUUACAGAGUCCGAUCUCAACUUCCUGAUUCAAUACAUUGCACCGUCAUAUCUCACCCCGGAUAUCGCGGAGGAGAUGUCAGAGACCUUCUCCAACGAGUCAUCGCUCAACUUGGAACAGUUCCUGUCAGACAAGUUUUCCGCCCGUGUGCGAGAAUAUAUCGAGGAGCAGGAGAAGAAAGAACUUCCCCAAUCGUCGGAUGAGAUUCAGGCCCAGACCGGGUGGACAGUUGCCCGCCCCCCUCACAAGCAGCGCUACAUGUUCUUGCAGCAUUCGACAGCGACCCAAGACGAGAAGAGCCCCCUCCAGGAGCUGCUUAACGAUGUCUUCCCGUCGCCAGCGUUCCGGAAAUGGCUCACCGCUAUCACCGGUGCGGAUCGCCUCACGAGCUACGAUUUUAUGGCACGGCGCUUCCGCCGUGGACAAGACUACACUCUGGCCAGCGGUUACGAUGGUGAAGAGCCGCGAUUAGAGUUUACGCUUAGUCUGACUCCUACUCCAGGAUGGGAGAGGGGGGGUGACGAGGAGGAAGAGGAUGACAAUGAACAAGAGGGUGAAAAUGCCGAGUCCGAGUCCGCGCCGAAGCCAAAUUCCGAGCCAAAGUCCGAAAAUGACACCGAGGGACCCGCCGUGGGUGGUUACGAGAUCUACAUGGCUGGGGACGACGAGGAGGAGGGCGAUGCAGCCAUCUACCGUUCUGCCGCGGCAGAUGAAGACGACGGCAUCCUUUUCAGCACUUCCGCCGGCUGGAACCGACUGAGUAUUGUCCUGCGUGACAGUGGCACCCUCAAGUUCGUCAAAUACGUCAGUGCCGCCGCCCAGGGAGACCGGUGGGAUGUCACCGGUGAGAUGGGUGUGGAGUUUAAUGACGAUGACAAUGAUGAGGAUGAGGAUGAGGAUGAGAUGGAUGCUGAUGAGCAAUAA